GUUGCCGCGACUCUUAAUACCACCAUGGCCGUCCUACUCCCGUGUUUCGCCCGCUGUGCUCACUGCAUCUUCGAAUACUCACCAUGUCCAACACCGUGAUCAUUGGCGCCGGCAUCGUAGGAUGCUCAACUGCCUACUACCUCUCCCAGUCGCCGCGUACGCAGGCGCAAAGCAUUCACCUCGUCGAGUCCUCGCCUGAACUCUUUCAAUGCGCUUCAGGCCUUGCCGGGGGCUUCUUGGCUGCUGAUUGGUUUGCGCCGUCAGUGGCUCCCCUUGGAGCAUUGUCUUUCAAAUUGCACAAGGAGCUCGCCGAGAAGUACAACGGAAGAAAGAGAUGGGGUUACAGCCUCAGCACUGGAACCUCCCUCAGCUCAGACAGUGACGUUGUCGGCGGAAGCGGAGAAGACUUCCUACGAAAUGGCACUAGUCGUGCGCAGGCUUCUGGAGCUCGCGCGCCUGGCAAUGCAAAUGGGCCUGAGUGGCUAGCUGUGAGUGAGGGCUCAAGCUUGGAGGUCAUCAGCCGGGAAAACAGUACGGCACAAAUCGACCCGCUCCGCUUCUCCCAUUUCCUCCUCGACGAAUGUCGCUCGCGCGGUGUGCAAUUCCACCAACCUGCUCGCGCCCUCUCUGUCUCCAAAGACGUGAAAGGCCAACUUGCCAGCGUCCGUAUCUGCACCGCCGACGGCACGGAAACUGACCUCCCCUGCACCCGCCUCGUCAUAACGGCCGGCUCUUGGGCUCCAAAAGUCUUCUCCACGCUGUUCCCCUCCUCCAAAGCUCGGAUCCCCAUCGCUCCACUCGCCGGCCAUGCUCUACUCUUCCGCAACCCCACCUACAACGCCGCCACAGACGCCGACAAAGACUGCUACGCCGUCUUUGCAACCGACACGCUUGGGUUCUCGCCGGAGUUGUUCAGUCGCCUCGGCGGGGAGCUCUACAUCGCGGGUUUAAAUACCACGCAGAUCAAACUACCGGAGGUCGCAACCGAUAUUGAGAUUAAUGAAACGGCUAUCAAUCAGUUGCGAGAUUGCGCGGCGGUCAUGCUGGGGCUGGAAGGGGGUGGGGAGGCGAUCGAAGUGCUUAGGGCUUCACUUUGCUUCCGCCCAGUAACUUCCAGCGGUCGACCCAUCAUCGCACGCGUUCCAGAUGAGAAACUCGGCGGCGGUCUCACCACUCGUCCAGCAGCCGAAGGCGGGGUCUUUGUCGCUGCUGGACACGGCGCAUGGGGCAUCUCCCAAGCCCCCGGUACGGGCCUCUGUAUGGCUGAACUGAUCGAAGGCCAGACACCCUCUGCGAACAUUACUCCGCUGUCUCUCCCAUGAUCUGAAUCACGUGUCUCCUUUUCCUCUCUGAUAAAAGGCGUUUUCAAAAAGCUCAUGCGAGCUGACUGGGCUAGCCACGGCUCAAUCUAAUUCUUUCCUUUUCUUUUCUUCUCCCUUUCUCGUGCUGCAUUUUCAGGCUCACUUUCAGGUCACUCAACAUAGAAGGAAGCGUGGAGCAAUCGGUAACAGACGGCUCAGUCUUCGCCCGGGUUACGAGACUGGCCGUCAUAUAUGUAGUAAACAUGAUCAAAAAAGUCCCUUCUCGUC